UAAUCUAUGUCACUUAACGAACCAAACGGUAACGAAAAAUUUGAGGCACCGAACUCCAGCGACGUCUCUCCGCUGCCGUCGGCGGCGACUUUAGCUAGCUGGUAAUCGCUUCACCGGAAAAAUUAUCUCUUUCCCCGCAAUAAAAUGGAAAAUUUAAGAAGAGUCCUAAUCUCCACUGUUCCCCGCCUUCUCAGCACCAAUCGAACAUCCGCCGCCACCGCCUCCGGUCUUCACAGACCCGUAUCAGGUUCCUUCACGCGUUUCUGUUCUUCGAAUGAGGGAAACCGAUCAUUGGAGAUUGAUCUCUGCGAUGAAGAAAGUAAAAGGCGCUUGUUCAAUAGGCUUUUGUAUAGAAGUAAGCAAAGGGGUUUCUUGGAGCUGGAUUUGAUUCUGGGUAAAUGGGUGGAGGAUCACAUUCAUUCUAUGGAUGAAAGUGGGAUUAAAUCCCUUGUUCAUGUACUUGAUCUGGAAAAUCCAGAUCUAUGGAGAUGGCUGACUUGCCAGGAGCAACCCCCAGAGGCAGUGAACCAAAAUCCUGUUUUCGUGUCCCUGCGAGAGAAGGUUGUUAACAACCUUGACAAUCAUGCUGCUCCUGAAACAAGAGCAACAACGGGACAGCCAUGGGUGAGAGGUUGGGAUGACUUCAAGAAGGGUAGAGACAGUCCUAUUACUGGUAACCAGUAGUUACUUUCAACUCGAUGAGUAAUAAGAUUUUCCUUUGUCUCGUGAACAAAUGAAAAUGCUUGUAUGAUAUGAUGUGAUAAUUCCAUGUAGAAGGGAAUGCUUGUAUGUUUUUGAAGUUUCAUGUCAUUGAUCCCCUACCCGAUUUCUU